UCGGUUGCAAGCACCGGCUUGCGGAUCCCGGGGAACCGGAGCGGGGCACGGGGCUAGCCUCUGGAUCCGGAGCUGGGUGGUGGUGGUGCUGUUGCAGCCGUGGCGCAGUAGUCUGAGCACAAUCUAACCAUGGAAGCUGACAACGUUGCAGAAUCCACCAACUGCCUUGCUAAUGAGAGUACCCAACAUAGCACCAGCAUCCGGUCUGCUUCUGUGGAUAUGGACAUCUCGAUUGAUUCUUCGCAGCCCAGCGCAGAGAGGGCUCCGACUUCCACUGCUGACGAGGGGAGUGGCCUCAAGCCUCCCGCUACUAAUGAACAAGUCACGGUAAAGCUGAACACGGAUGGAGGCAACGAGGUGUGGAUUAAACCCAAAAACUUCAGUGAAGGCAAUGGUGAAAGGAGAGAGCUGGAGGCGUUUUAUAACGACUCUCCUUCAGGGGACGGGCACACCGGCCCUUCGCUGUACCGACUGAACGAUCCGUGUCGGGCGGACGAAGAGGGCGGGGCGAUAGAUUACAUGUUGCAGUCUGCGGAGCUUGCGCCCCGCAAAGGGGCAGCUGGCGCCAGAGAGGUCGCCGAGAACGACGGCGCCCCGGGUCCUCCCGAGAACCAAGCCGAGCACGCGGACGUGGCGGUGGAGACAGGCGUCCCGGAGUCGGCCCCGCAGACGGACAAGGUGGAUGCAGGAACGGAUUCGAUCCCGGAGAGGGUGGAUGAUAUGGCGGGGGAUGGUCCACAGCAAGCGUCUGACGGUGCGGGGGGUUGCGGAUCACUCCUGCCUCAAGGCAAAGAUGGGGGUGACGUCUGCAACGUCGACACCGAGGAACCCCCUCUGGCCACAAACAUCACCCACGACAAGGUUGCCACACAAGGCGAAGAGGUGGAAGGGAAAUCAAAGGAUGGAAAGGAUAGUGCCACUUGUAAACCUCGGUCCAAAUGGUCUUCCAGUGCAGGGUCUUCAGUGAUUGAAGUGGAAAAAUCAUCUUUGUGCGAGACUGAUGCUGGAAAGGAAGAAGCUGAGAAAUCGGAGAUAGACAAGGAAACUAAGGAAAAAGUCCAGACGCCCUUGACUACGGAAAAUUGUUCAACAUCUAAGAAAACAAGUGGAAAGGACAGUUCCACCAUGACGAAUAAUAUUAAACGUGAAGAGGACUAUGUUUCCCGCCGGCCAAGGCGUACCACCAGGUUGUCCUUCCAGGCAGCUCAGGCCCAGGCCCAGGCCCAAGCCGAGGCCCAGACUCCGACAACUCGCCCUCAGAGGUCCUCGCGGUCCCUGGCAAAGGUGACGUGCGCCAACUGCAAAAAGCCCCUGCAGAAGGGCCAGACGGCGUACCAGAGAAAAGGAGCUCCGCAACUCUUCUGCUCCUCCUCUUGCCUCACCACCUACUCCCAGAGACCGUCGUCCAUCAAGAUCUGCACGUUCUGCAACAAAGAUAUUUUGAACACAAAGGAAUUGGUCGUGGCGCAGGCUGGGGCAAGCCAGGCUUUCCAGGAGUUCUGCAACGCUACCUGCCUGUCACUUUACGAGGCCAAGCUUCUUAAACCAUCCGACGAUGUGAGAUGCAGCAUCUGCAAUAAAAAAGGAAAGAUUCUACACGAGGUCAGCAAUGGGAACGUGGUCCAUCGGUUGUGCAGCAACGCGUGCUUCAGCAAGUACAGAGCAAGUAACGGCCUGAAAACCAAUUGCUGCGAUAACUGUGGGGUCUAUUUUUUUAACCGAGGAUUUAUGCUUCAAUAUUUGUAUCACGAAGGGCAACAGCGGAGGUUCUGCAACACAGGCUGCUUGAACAUGUUUAAAAAGAAAAACACUAAAGUGCUUCCUUGUGCUUGGUGCAACACUUUGGGUAAGAAUUUCGACAUGAUAGCAAACGUGGACACCAGCGGGAAGAUGGACUUCUUUUGUUCUUUGUGUUGCAUCACUUCGUACAAAGUGAAACAGUCUGGAACAAUAGGACCCAAGACCAAAUGUAAAUUUUGCAAAAAAAAUCUAUCGGAUUCGCUUUAUUAUAACAUGACUGAUCGAGUUGUGCAUCAGUUUUGCAGCCCAAACUGUUGGACUAAUUUUCAGCAAUCGAGUCCUGAAGGCAGCAUCCAACUUAAUUGUACCUAUUGCCACAAUAUUUUUAGUGGCAAACCAGAAAUCUUGGAUUGGCAGGGGAGCGUUCGACAAUUUUGUUGCAAAGUAUGCUGUGAAGACUACAAAAGACUACAUGGUGUUGUUUCAGUCUGUGAAUAUUGCAAACAAGAGAAGAUCCUGCACGAGAAGAUUAAGUUUUCAGGAGUAGAAAAGAAUUUCUGUAGUGAAGGUUGUGUCCUUCUUUAUAAGCAGGAUUUCACCAAGAAGCUGGGCUUGUGCUGCAUCACGUGUGCGUACUGCUCCCAGACAUGUCGGAGGGGAGUGACCAAAGAGCUGGAUGGAAAUACAUGGGAUUUCUGUGGGGAGGAAUGUAAAAGCAAAUACCUACUGUGGUACUUCAAGGUAGCCAGAUGCCAUGCCUGCAAGCGUCAAGGCAAGCUUCUGGAAACGGUUCACUGGCGCGGGGAAAUUAAACACUUCUGCAACCAGCAUUGCCUCUUGCGCUUCUACAGUCAGCAAAACCAGCCCAAUCUAGCGACGCAGAAGGGACCCGAAAGUCUGCUCAACAAUGAGACGCAGGAGUCUAAGAAUGCGACGUCUCCGACCCCCUCUCCGACUCCCUCUCCCACGAAAUUUGAAGAGAUCUCUGGCAACUUGCCCAGUGGUCAUUCUCGGGCAAGCUUGGGCAGUGAAGGUGAUGGAGAGAGCGCAGUUCAACCUGACUCUGCCGUCUCCUCGAUGACCAAACAGGCAUCUGUACAGACUCGGUCAUCAAAGCAGCCACCGCCGCCGCCACCUCCACCACCACCACCACCGCCACCUUCUUCACCACCUUCUCCACCUCCUGUAACACUGAAGAAUAAGGCAAUACUGUGCAAACCCUUGACUCAGAACAAGGGCAUCUCCUAUAAACCCGAAAUGAAGUCCAAAGGAUGUCAAACAGAAGAGGAGUGGAAGCCACACUUGGUUAUGGUGCCCAUCCCUGUGCCAGUCUUCAUCCCAGUGCCUAUGCAUAUGUAUUGUCAAAAUACCCCAGUGCCUUUCUCAAUGCCAAUCCCGGUCCCCAUUCCGAUGUUCCUUCCCACCACUUUAGACAGUGCUGAUAAGAUAGUCGAGACGAUCGAAGAGCUGAAAGUUAAAAUCCCUUCAAACCCAUUUGAGGCUGACAUACUGGCCAUGGCCGAGAUGAUCGCAGAAGCUGAGGAAAUGGAGAAAGCGUCGUCGGACCUCUGUGAUCUUGCCAGCAAUCAGAGUGCUGACGGCCUCCUCGAAGACUGUGACUUGUUUGGACCCGCCAGAGAUGAUGUGUUGGCCAUGGCAGUUAAAAUGGCCAAUGUCCUGGAUGAACCUGGACAGGAUUUGGAAGCAGACUUUCCCAAAACUCCAUUGGAACUUAAUACGGGUGUUGACUUCCUCUUUGACUGCGGGCUUGUAACUACAGAUGAGGAUCAACCAGAAUCUGAAAUACCACGGGCUGUCAGAAGGGGUCAGAAGCGGCUAAUGCUUUCCGAAAGCUGUUCACACGAUUCUCUUGCGAGUCAGCAAUGUUGUACCGGAUUAAAUUACUCUUACGGGGUGAAUGCUUGGAAGUCCUGGGUCCAGGCUAAAUAUGCCGGUGGUGACAGCAGUAAAAGUGGAGAGCUGAAGUUUGGACCUAAACCCAUGAGGAUUAAAGAAGACAUUUUAUCCUGCGGUGCUGCGGAACUAAACUAUGGCCUAGCUCAAUUUGUCAAAGAAGUACAGAGGCCGAACGGAGAGCGUUAUGAGCCAGACAGCGUCUACUACUUGUGUCUUGGGAUUCAGCAGUUUUUGCUGGAAAAUAACCGAAUGGUGAACAUAUUCACUGAUCUCUACUACCUUACCUUUGUCCAAGAAUUGAAUAAAAUGUUACAAGGCUGGCAGCCAAGUUUACUACCAAAUGGUUUAAUAUUCUCCCGGGUGGAAGAAGAGCAUCUCUGGGAAUGUAAGCAAUUGGGGGUGUACUCUCCCUUUGUUCUCCUGAACACGCUGAUGUUCUUCAACACCAAGUACUUUGGGCUGAGGUGUGUGGACGAACACAUGAGCCUGUCCUUCACCACUGUCGUCCGGCAGUCCAGGAAAUGCACCACGCCAAGGGGGACCACCAAGGUGGUCAGCAUUCGCUACUUCACGCCAGAGCAUUUCAAGAAAGGACGAGAUCAGGGCAGCACUGCAGGGAAGAGGAAACGAGAAGAGGAUGUUGCCGUUUUUGAGCAGAGGGAAAACAGAAUGAAUCCGUUAAGAUGCCCUGUGAAAUUUUAUGAGUUCUACCUCUCGAAAUGCCCUGAGAGUAUGAAGAGCAGGAACGACGUGUUCUACUUGCAGCCAGAGCGCUCGUGCGUGGCGGAGAGCCCCCUGUGGUACUCGGUCAUCCCCAUGGACCGCAGCAUGUUGGAGAGCAUGCUCAACCGCAUCAUGGCCGUGAAAGAGAUCUACGACGACUACACCAAGGACUCGCUAGAGGACGACGAAGUGGAAGGAUGAUGCGUGUCGUGGAUGUUGUACAAAGUGCUGUUAAACUUUUUAUCUUAGAGAAAAGGAAACAAUGGGCCAUUAUAGGCUGGCCUAGUUGGUGCUGCGGAAAAAUAAUUACCACACACACACGUACUUUCAGAGUCAUGUGGCCUGUUUGUGACAGCAGAGAUGGUUAGACUAUCACCAUUGUUCAGAGACAGUAUCCCUUUUAGCUUGAGUCCACUUGCUGGCAGUCGGGGUGUGCGUAACAUUCUCUAGAGACCCGGGAAAAAAAAGAAAUGUUCUUGCAGUCAUUCAGCAAGCAGUUUUGUACUUGCACUUAAAUUGGGAAAUCAAUGACAGUUUGCAGUGUACAUGCUGAUGUAGGUGGGUGAGACCUUCAUUUAACUCAGCUCUUGGGACUUUAGAAAAAGGCUUAAACAAAAACAAAAAAUUGUCCGGCAAACUGGGAUCUUGGUCGCUGCCUUCUAGAACAUUCCACUUGCUGCCAUUUUGUUUGGGGGAAAAGAGGAAUGGCGUAGAGCAGGGGUCCGCAACUUUAUUUCGUCCUUUUUUGCAACUUUAAUAGCACAUCACAAUGUUAUUUCACUUAUUUAUGAACAACUAAUGAAGAACAGAUACCAGAACCAAACACUGUCCGUCAAUGAGAAGAAAUCUGUACAAAUCCAGAAUCAACAAAUUUUACCCCCCCCCCCCCCCCCCCCCCCCAGGGAUAAAUGUACCCCAGGUUGGGAACCCUUGGUGUAGAGGAAGGAAGUUUAGGGCAAUGUUUAGCCUGAGCUGUGCAUGUUGCUAGCAUCCAUUUCCAGACUCGUGUCACACUAGCCCCCACCUGGAGCACACACCCACCCAAAUAUCUUUCACAUUCAGCUUUUACAUUAAAAGUUUUAUUUUCGUUUUGCCGUCCCUGGGAAAAGACGGGGCGGAGGAGUUGUUCUUUCUGGAGUGGACGUGGAGUAUUUUUUCCAUUAUUUUUUUAAACAUCUUUUUAUUUUGUAAGUGAUUAGCCACUGCCUGUAUUUUGGGCGGAGAUUCUCCUGAGGCCAUUUUGUGCAACAGUCUGCUGGGCCUCAACUCAAUUUACAUAAUUAAACUUCCAGCCAAUAUUUUCUGAGGAAAUCUCUGCCUUUAGAGCAAGAGAUGAAGCUGAGGAUAAUGAAUUGUCCUUUCGUUUAUUCCUUGCUGGAAUGUUUGCCGAUAUCCGAAUCUGUAGAAAUAUCCGAUUCCAUUUUGUGUAUUUUUAAUUAUAAACCAAAAAUAAAAUACUGUGAAUAUUUAUAGUUAAUACCAUAAAUACUGACGCAGCAAACUUUGCAGUGUGUUUGGGGGGGGGGGGGG